AUGGGAUCUCAGUCUACUUCCAACAUUAUGCAAUACGCUGCCUACGUCCAUCCCACCACGGGCUUGCCUCGUGUUGGUCACUACGACCUGGCCAAUGGCACCAUCCAGCCGCUGAGCUUCACUUCUGGAACCCCCGUGAGGAACCUCUACGAGGUCAUAGCUGCGGGAGCAUCUCAAGUCAUUCCCGACGGUGACCCGCUGCCGGCCAACGAUGUCAAGUUACUGGCGCCCAUUUCUGGCCGAGACAUCAUGGCUGUCGGCAAGAAUUACAUGGAGCACGCCAAAGAGUUCAACAGUUCAGGGUAUGACAGUUCUGAUAAAACAGACCGACCUAGCCAUCCUGUCAUCUUUACCAAAAGGGCUACGUCCAUUAUCGCUCAUGGGGAGACUAUACUUCCUCACCCCGAGUUCUCACAAACUCUGGAUUAUGAGGGAGAGAUUGGCGUCAUUAUUGGCAAGACAGGGUACCGUGUUAGUGAAGCCGAUGCAUGGGACUACGUCUGGGGCUACACCAACAUCAAUGAUAUGACUGCGCGCGAGCGUCAGCGCGACCACAAGCAGUUCUUCAUUGGAAAAUCCCCCGAUACCUUCUGUCCAAUGGGCCCUGUCGCUGUUUCGAAAAACGACCUGCCAUCUGUUCUGAAGGUCGAGACCCAUGUCAACGGUGAGCCUAGGCAAAGCUCUACUACCGAAGAUCUCAUCUUUUCCAUCCCCACCUUAAUCAAGACUAUUUCCGAGGGCCAAACACUGCAGCCUGGUGAUGUCAUUGCUACUGGUACUCCCGCUGGUGUUGGCAUUGGUAAGAACCCACCGGUUUUUCUCCAGCCCGGCGAUGAGGUUUCUGUCUCUGUCACAGGGCUGGGAACCUUGUCCAAUAGGAUUGGAACAGCUGAGACUGUGAACCCAACGGUCCAGCGGGUUUCUUCCGAGUCGCCAUUCCGCAUCAACAACUUGGCCAAGACUCUUGACGCUGGUGUCAGGCUCACCAAACUCAAUGGCAAGCAACUUAACUACCAGAGGAAAGGAUCUGGAAAUCACCAUAUCGUCUUUGUGCACGGGCUGGGCGGCACUCAGGAGUACUGGACCCCCCUGAUCUCCAAGCUUUCUCUAUCUGAGAACAAUUCCCUUCACUUAUUUGACUUGGAGGGCCAUGGUCUCAGCCCGACCCAUCCCCUCAGCAAGCUGAGUAUUGAGUCGUUUGCGCAAGACAUUCGAUCCAUCUUCGAUGCAGCCAAUAUUACUUCGUCCUCUCCUGCUACCCUAUUCGCCCAUUCCCUUGGAUGUUUGGCAGCCCUCAACUUCACGUUGAGUAACCCUAGUCUUGUUGGCAGGUUGGUCCUUCUCGGGCCCCCUCCAUCGCCUCUACCGGAUGCAGCAUCUAAAGGCGCGUAUGCACGUGCGGCUGUAGUCAGAAGCUCGGGCAUGGCACAUGUUGUGGAUGGUGUAGUGGAUGCAGGUACAUCAGCGCACUCCAAACAGACUAACCCCAUCGCAAUCGCUGCUGUCAGACUCAGUCUUCUUGGCCAAGAUCCCGAAUCCUAUGCCAAAGCAACUUGGGCACUCGCCGGGGCUACCAAGGAGCUCAAGGUUGAGCAGAUACAAGCCAGGACUCUAAUCAUUACCGGUGACGAAGACAAAGUUUCUCCCGCGUCUCUAUGUGAGAAGUAUGCGUCUCGCAUCCAAGAUGCACAACUUGUAGUGUUGAGCAACGUUGGACAUUGGCAUGUUUUUGAGGAUGUUGGCGGCGUUGCUCAAGCAGUUGCGAAGUUCCUGUAA